AUGUCAUCACCACCACCGUACCAAUCAUCAUCCAACCCCCUCAAACGACCCUCGAUCUCAUCCUCCGUCUCACAACCGCUCGGCAAGAAACAGCGCAUGCACCCGCUUCGCCAAACUUCCUUUCCAGCGGGAGUCGAUUCCACAGACCGCAGUUUCAGGGGCACUAGUGACGCUGGGAGCGUGACAGGCAGUUACACAGGCAGUCUGGGCGGAGCGAGUCUGGACGGGAUUUUCUCGGGCGCACGGGGCAAGAAGCGAGGCCGCAAAAGCAAAGCCGAGAAAGAGCGGGAACGGGAGCGCGAUGACGCUCUCAGCGCCAGGGCGGGGGAUUCUACACGGUUCGGGUCAGUUGAUAACGAGGGUUCGGUACGAGGGGGGCCAGCGGGUAAUGGAGGCGGUGGUGCGGGUGCAGAUGAUGCAGAUGACUACGAUGAGGAGGAUGAGGCAGAGCUCUUUGGACAGCAAGAAGGAACUACGGAUACUGAGACUGAGAAGAAGAACCUAGCGAUUCUCGUUGAUGCUUUCAACCCCAUGCAAUCGGAGAGAUAUGACCUUUUCAAACGAGCGAAGCUGCGCAAAGAAACCCUCCGCCGCAUCGUCAACCACGCCCUUUCACAAUCCGUCCCCGCCAGCGUCGUAACAACAGUCAACGGCUUCACCAAAGUCUUUGCUGGUGAAGUUAUCGAAAUGGCGCGAACAGUCCAGGCCCAAUGGGCCGAGGCUCACGAUCUUGCUGCACGCGACGCAUUCGAGGCCGAAGAAGCCGCAGCCGAGGCCGCAGCCGAGGCCGCAGCCCAGGCAAACAACUCGAAACCCCCGACACCAACACCCGCCAGCACUCCAGUCCCCGGCUCGGGGUCGGCAUCUUUGAGCAACGGAAUCAAGAAAGAACCGAAUGAUGCAAACGGUACUCCUACACCCUCUCUUCCUCCCCAUCAGAAUUCGACAACUCCCACUCGCUCCCGCCCAAAGCGUGAGUUCCGUCCCCCGCCAAAUCCACACCGCGGUCAGCUCCUCCCGUCACAUCUUCGUGAAGCAGUUCGACGCACUAAGCGCAACGGCGACGGUGGUGGAGUUGGUUAUUCUGGACUCAGUCUGGAAAAUAUGGGUGUUCGAGGUUCUGUCACAUGGAACUCUGGGGUAGGUGGACGGAGAUUGUUUCGAUGA